UCGACACACUUAUGCAUGUGCUAUUUCCCUGUUGCCAAGCUUAGGGGCCACAACCUCAGAGGGAACCAAGAAUCCCACACUGUUAAUUCAUAUGUAUCUUCUGCUGUAAGAGAAAACCUACUUUUGUCAGUUGGAGAUCACUUGACUAGAUUAUUGUGGUGCUGGGAGUGUGGGGCCAUGUCAGACACAGAGCUACUGCGAUUCUGGGACGAGGCCGUGAAGGCCGUGGAUGCACGAGACUGGCAGGGCGCGCUCGCCAAGCUCGAUGACAUCAAUAAGCCCACCGCCCGCACCCUGUUUGCGACCGCAGCCGCACAUUUAGCCCUUGGUCAGCUGCAGCCAGCCAUCCAGGCUUUAGACCAAACCAUUGCCAAGGAUGAGAGGCUUGCUGUUGGUUUUUUCCAAAGGGCUGGAGUCCUUUUGCUGGCUAAUAGACCCGAGGAAGCUCUCGCUGACUGCAUAUGGGCCAAGAAGCAAAUGAGAGAGAACGCCGUCAUUGACUAUCGACAGCUGGGGCUGUGCUAUAAACUCUACAGUUGGCAGGUGCUUUACAAUGCAGCUGCAGUGCACGUCAGGAUGGGCCACUGGGAUAAAGCCCGGGACAUCCUGUUAGCCGCGGCCGAGGAGAAAGGCGGGGCUCGUGGUGGCACUGUGGAGGCAGCACUGGACAGCAUCUCGAGGAAGGAGGUCCUGGCUCCUCUCCUGGUCCCAGAGGGAGAUGUGUUCAGACCCAGGAAGGAGGACGUUGAACAGCUCAAGCAUCCCAUCCCAUAGUAGGGCUUAGCUAGCAUCUAGGUGUCGCUGUCUGGAUUUGUUGAGGGUUAGUUUUGUCUCUUUGUUUUCUU